AUCAGCACCACGCGGGUGUGCAUGUGUGUCUAUAAUGAGAUUCAACACAAUGACCCUUAAUCCCGGGUGGCCUUUCGUCCCCGUGCAAUUUAUUUCUCACCGGCGCGGUGCGCGUCUGUUCAAAUUGUGUGUGUUCAGCAGAUGCUCUCAUUGACUGGAAAGUCAAAGGUAACAUGACAACAAGGGCAGAUUGCAAACUUUUUUUUCCUCCUCCAGCGGCUUUGUAUUCCCUCUAUUAAUAGUCGCCAGUGUGUGUGCUUGUGCAUGGGUGUUGACACGAAUUAGCUGUUGAGUGUGUGUGCGUGGGAGGGGUCUCGUGCUCUGCACGUCCCGCCCUCUAGUCUACGACUAUAAAAAGGCUCUUCAGCCACACAUUCUUUUCUUCACUUUUGUUUUCCGCAGACGACACAGCCCCGAUGCCUCAGUUCGAGAAGAAGACGGUCCACAUGAGGGACCCUGAGAGGGUGGAGCAAAUCAUCUGUGGCCUCAUCAAGGGUGGAGCCUCCAAACUUCAGAUCAUCACUGACUUCGACAUGACGCUAAGCAAGUUUGCCAUCAAUGGCAAACGCUGUCCGACGUGCCACAACAUCAUCGACAACUGCAGCCUGGUGACGGAAGAGUGUCGCGAGAAGCUACUGCAGCUCAAGAACAAGUACUACCCCAUCGAGAUCGACCCACACCUCACCAUGGAGGAGAAGUACCCCUUCAUGGUUGAGUGGUAUUUCAAAUCUCACACACUUUUGGUGGAGCAGAGGUUAGAGAAGGACAAACUGCCUCAAGUGGUGCGAGAGUCUGACGCUGCACUCAGGGAAGGCUUUGAGCAGUUCUUCGACCGCCUGCACCAGCACGACGUGCCCGUGUUCAUCUUCUCUGCCGGACUGGGGGACGUCCUGGAGGAGAUCAUCCGCCAGGCGGGUGUCUACCACCCUAACGUCAAGGUGGUGUCCAACUUUAUGGACUUUGACGACAACGGCGUCGUGCGGGGCUUCAAAGGGGAGCUGAUCCACGUGUACAACAAGCACGAUGGCGCCCUUCGCAACACUGACUACUUCAAGCAGCUGAAGGAAAACUGUAACAUCAUCCUGAUGGGAGACUCGCUGGGCGACCUCAGCAUGGCUGACGGCGUACCCAACGUGGAAAACAUUCUCAAGGUCGGCUUCCUCAACGACAAGGUGGAGGAGCGUCUGGACAAAUACUUGGACUCUUACGACAUCGUCCUGGUAAAGGAUGAGACCCUGGAAGUGCCCAACUCUAUCCUCCAGAAGGUCCUAUAACUUGCUCCUCCUACCACUACCACUGGACCUCCUCUUUACCCCAACGCCUGCUUCCACGCCUUUGUACGUGUCCGAUUGGACAUUUUUAAAUGUGCAGUACUCUUCAACUUCUUUUUGGUCUUGUGUCAAACUCGCACUCAAUCUUGUGCACAGCAGCAUCACAUCGCAGGACAGUGAACCGCCACAAAUUUGCAGUUGGGCAUUCGUGAAGUCACCUGUUUUUUUUUUUUCUACUAAUCACCGUGAUGUUUUGAAACCCCCGCUAUGGCUUUUAUUCCAACCCAAUAAUCAAGCAAUCAUCAUGAAUGGAUUUUUAAUAUUCACAGUCGUGCUUGGCCCCGAACCCACAUGAAUAACGGGGGUUUUCUGUAUAGCAUCUAUCUCGGUUGGAUACGUUCCAAAUCCACCCGCAAAAGGUAAACAUCUGCAAAAACUGCUUUUUCAACACACUCGGAGCAGCAACACAUCCAAAACGAGCAUAGAGAACAGUAAAACACUUCAAAGUAUGCCUGAGCGCCUGUUCUCACUCUCGUACUGUCAGGAAAUGGGAGGCUGUUGUAUAACAUCACUUUGAAGAAAGGAAAAGAAGGCUACGCUGCUCGCACAGUUCCAUAAAUAGGAGGCAAACCCUGCUUGCUUCAAAAUCAAAAUCAAAAUUGGUUUCUGACACACCUGUUGAGCUUUACUAUGACACUGACCCCAAACUAAAGAAUUAAACUCUAAAGUUAAAAAGUAUAUAUAACUGGGAAGAACAGUACAGUGACAACCUUUGCUUCACAAUUUGUGAUAUUGUAGUGGGGGCGUGAGCGAUGAACCCAGAUAUAGCGGGGGACACUAUAUACAACGUUAUUUUUUCAGUAUGGGUGUCUUUGUGUACCGAAGAACACGUACGUGCAUGUACUGGACCAGGAAGAAGCAAGCGGACAUUUGAACAUGAUUAUCAUGGAAAUGCCAGUAGAGGUCCCUGAUUCACUUUGGGAGGAUGUGAUUUGAGGAAAUGCACUUUAAAUUAGGGGUGAAUAUCUUUAGUAGACGUGUGCACAUGUUUUAGUCAGUGGACGUAUGAUGUAUAAAACAAACAAAGAAAAAAAGCCAUGUUUAACUUUUAUUCAAGCCUUUUAAAGCCCGCUUUGCUUAGAAGAAGAAUCACUUUAUUCUCUAUUUUCUAGUUUGCUUGAGAGUGGUCAGAGCUCCGUGCUACGCUGAAACAGAAAAUCACACCAAAGUCAGAGUGUUUUACAUGCCGGAAAUGUCAUUGGUCCCCUCACCCCCAUUUUUUUCCUCAACAUCUCUGAUGUGUUUUACACGUGCUGCUAUCACCUGCAUGUUGCCUUUUCUCAACAAAGAAAUGGAAGGAAACAAAUCUAUUUCCAUAUAUGUAAUUGAAACGGAAUAAUUUCAUACUGUAUCUGUGGACCUUGUGUGGAAAUGUUUCCAAAAGUAGAAUCCUGUAUUUUAUUUUUCUAAGCAGAUUUUUUUCUCUGUGAUCAUAUGAAUUGGAAAUGAAAUACAGCAUUGUGUUAUAA